ACUACGAUCUACUAGCUAGUAGUAUAUAAAUAUGCUUAGCUCUGAGCAAAGAGAGCAUGCAAGCAAGCAACCAGCCGAGCUUAAUCAGCCAUCUAGUGUUCUGAACGACGGAGCUUAAUUAGCCGAGCUUAAUCAAGACAUUAUCUAUCUAGUGUUCUGCAUCUACCUAUCGAUCUUAACUAGCAUUCCCGAGAUCGACCGAUGGCCUGCACGACGGCAGCAUCCCUGCAGCAUGACAGGGCCAACGACGACGAGGCGUGCAUGUACGCGCAGGAGCUCCUGAGCUGCUUCGUCGUGCCCAUGACACUGAAGGCGGUCAUCGAGCUGGGCCUCAUCGACGACCUCCUCGCGGCCGACGGGCGCUUCGUGACCCCAGAGGAGCUGGCGGCGCGGUGGGCGCGGCCGGCCGAGGCGGCCGCCGCGGUGGACCGCAUGCUGCGGUUCCUCGCGUCGCACAGCGUCGUCCGGUGCACGACGGAGGCGGCGGGGCCAGACGGGAGGGCCCGCCGGAGCUACGCGGCGGCGCCGGUGUGCAAGUGGCUCAUCGCUCGGAACGGCACCGGGCAGGGCUCGUGGGCUCCGAUCGGGCUGAUGAACCUGAACAAGGGGUUCAUGGAGACCUGGUACUACAUGAAGGACGCCGUGGCGGAAGGGGCGACGCCGACCGAGAAGGCCUACGGCAUGCCGCUGUUCGAGCACCUGGGGUCGGACGAGGCGUUGAACACGCUCUUCAACCAGGCCAUGGCCGGUCACUCGGAGAUCGUAAUCAGCAAGCUUCUCGAGGUGUACCGCGGCUUCGAGGGCGUCGACGUGCUGGUCGACGUCGGCGGCGGCACCGGCUCCACGCUGCGGAUGGUCACCGCCCAGUACAAGCACCUGAGAGGCGUCAACUACGACCUCCCCCACGUCAUCGCGCAGGCGCCGCCGGUCCAAGGUGUGGAACAUGCUGGUGGUAGCAUGUUUGAGUACAUUCCGAGCGGAAACGCAAUUUUGCUGAAGUGGAUUCUGCACCUGUGGCGCGACGAGGAGUGCAUCAAGAUCCUCAAGAACUGCCACCGGGCGCUCCCGGCGAACGGGAAGGUGAUCGUGGUGGAGUGCGUGCUCCCGGCCAGCCCGGAGCCGACGCAGGUUGCGCAGGGCGCGCUGCUCCUGGACGUGGUGAUGCUGAACCGCCUCAGGGGCGCCAAGGAGCGGACGGAGCGGGAGUUCACCGAGCUGGCCGCGGAGGCCGGCUUCUCCGGCGGAUGCAGGGCCACCUACGUCUUCACCGGCGCCUGGGCGCUCGAGUUCACCAAGUAGAGAUACCUGCUCGGUCGGCUCUCCCGGAGGUCGGGGUCUGAAUCGGAAGUGGCGCCGCCACAUUUGGUAGAGUGGCACCGUCUAUCUAUCUAUCUAUCUAUUUAUCUAUGCAUGUGACAGCCUUUAAUAUGUGGUGUUCUUUUUUCAAUUCAAGAAAAUGGGACAUUGAUCGAUGAGGGCGUUAUAUGUAACACAGUUACUUUAUGUGUGUUGGCCAUUUUGUUAUGCAAUGUAACACAGUUCUUACACGUUGCGGCCCGUGCCGGUCCUGAUAUUUUAGAGGCCCAGUA